UAUUACAUGUAACUGUAAAGCAGUGGCGUAAACUAUACUUCAAAUGUGAUAGUGUUAUUUGACGCUUUAAAAUCUGCAAAUUGGACUUACAAAUCUUUCAUUGAUUUAUCAAAAACAACAGCAAUGAUGUCAACGUUAUCAAGUUUGGCAUUUAUAUUACUACUGUGUCGGCCAACACAAGGUUGGUGGUGGAUUCCGUAUGUUUGUUACGAGGAUUUAGGAUGUUUCUAUAAAACCUGGCAGUUUUACAACUCAUUUAAUUUUCUGCCACGCUCCCCUGCAACUAUUGGUACAAAAUUCACUCUCUAUACCCGAGAUUUCACAUCAGUGAUAGACCAUAAAAAUGUGCAAGAUAUCGCAGUGGAAAAAGAACUAAAGAUUAUUGUACAUGGGUUUAUGAGUUCCGAAGAGGAACCCUGGGUGCAGACCAUGGUACAGGAGCUUUUAACAUACCGUGACUAUUACGUCAUUACUGUGGAUUGGACCAAAGGUGCGGAAGAACUAAAUUAUUUUCAAGCUGUAGCAGACACACGCCUGGUCGGAGCGGAAAUUGCGCGCCUUCUAAAUGCCGUAAAAGAGGUUGCACAUAUCAUGCCCGGAAGCGUUCACAUUAUUGGACAUAGCUUAGGUGCACAUAUAGCGGGAUAUGUCGGGAAGAUUAUACCGGGAAUCAGCCGAAUAACAGGAAUGGAUCCAGCAGGCCCUGCCUUCGAAUUUUGGCCGAAAAAAGUUCGUCUAGAUCAAAAUGAUGCCGAGUUUGUUGACGUCAUUCACACAGAUGCCGAGCUCGUUUUUGGUCUAGGAAUGAUGAGGCCUGUUGGGCACAUUGACUUUUAUCCAAAUGGAGGACAGUAUCAGAUUGGUUGCACUAAUGAAAAUAUUAAUGUAAUGGAGGUCUUGCUAUUUGGUGAUAUAGAACAACUUCGACACAUUUUCGACAUAUGCAGCCAUCGCCGUGUAUAUGAUUAUUUCAUUGAGUCAAUCAACAGUGCGUGUCUGUUUACGUCAUACCCAUGUGACACGAUAGAUGACCAAUCGUCCGUCGUCUGCAACACAUGCGGCACCGGGUGUGCACUGAUGGGACUGCCUGCCAAACCUAAUACAAAACAAGAAAAAUACUUCCUGCAAACCAAUGAAGCAGAGCCUUUUUGUUUUUCGUGA